GUUUAUUUUGGUUUUAUAAAAACAGUGAAUGGCGUCGUCUUCAGAUUUCAAACAAUUAAAACAAACUAGAACAAAAUCUGAAGAAACUACAAGAUCAGCAUCAAACGAAACAGUAAAUGAUGAUAAUAGAAGCACUACUACAGAGGAAAUAAUACCAAUAAAGAAAACUUCAAAUGCUACUGCCAUCUCUAACAUUGGAUUCAAAAGCGUGACAAAUCUAGCUCUGGAGAAUAUUGGGUUGGAUACAAAAAUGGAAGGACCCACGUGGACUUCAAAAUGGGAAGCUAUCACUGCCACACUUUCGUUCGUUACAUGUUCUGGAAAUAUUUGGUUUUUCCCGUAUCUCUGUGGAUAUUACGGUGGAUGGUUUCCAUAUCAAUUCACAUUUUGUUAUGUAUUCAUCGCUGUUCCACUUCUUUAUCUUGAAACAGCUCUUGGACAAUAUGCUUCUGCUUCUCCACUAUCAGUUUUCUCAAGAAUGGCUCCCGCCAUGGCAGGAUUAUCUGCAGGAAUGUGCUUCAUAAUGGUUUUCAGAACAAUCAGUCUAUCUGUCUGGGCAAUUUACGAUCUUACUAUUUUUACACAUGCUUCCCAAUCAAUCUGGUCAACAUCUCCAUGGGAGAGCUGCCAGGAAAGUCAAUCUGGGGAUUACUGUGUCAAUUACAAGCUAUCGUCGAAAUGUACAUGGAUUCAACCGGGAUCGGAUAAAGAAUGUGAUGAAUAUCAAGAAAUGUUAAUUGCCACCCGUGGUUUUCAACAGAGAAAAUCUCCAUUUAUGAGCUUUGUUCAUGGGUUGAUGUACAAGAGAAGCAUAACAAUGAAUGAUUGGGAGCCGCCAAGUGUUACAUCUAUUAUAUGUGCAGUUUGUCUAUGGAUAAUUAUUGGUAUAAUUUCCAUUGGAGGAUCAAAAGUUCUUGGUAGAACCGGUAUCGUAGCUCUUACACUUUUAUUGGUGGGAACUAUAAUGCUUCUUUCGUAUGGAAUGUCUUUGAAUGAUACUACAAACGUAUUUACUGCAUUCUUUUAUCAAAGUGAAGGUUACGAGGAUAAAUGGAUGUGGGUGUGGUCAUGGGCAGAUGCUGCAGCACAUGCACUUAGAGCAUUGAAUGUUGGAUGUGGCGGAAUCCAGAAAUUUGCCUCAUUGAACAACUUUCACAACAAAAUACAUCGAGAUGUUCUACUUAUUAGCAUUGUUUCUUUUGUAUUUUACAUAUGCACUGGAUUACUUUCGUUCAUGUUCAUGGCUGAAAUAGGAAGAUUAUAUUACCCAGACUUGGAAGCUAGUGAAAGAAUUCAACUAUACGCUACACCGGUAAUGAUUGAAAGUGUAAUCUCCGAGAUAUUAACAAAUUCUUCAAUGGGAAGCAUUUGGGUGUUUCUAUUCUGGCUAACACUUGCAGCAUGCUCAAUCCAGGGAAUUUCUAGUUAUAUUUGGGUUAUAAGUUCUAUGAUUGUGGAAAGAUUAAACGGAAGUCGGCGAAAAUAUGGAAAAGCUCUUGCGAGUUGGCAUAAGAGAGCUAUCAUUUUAGCAAUUAUGAGUGUCACAGGUCUUAUUUCUAGUUUACCAUUUUUGGGUAACGGAGGAAUUAAUCUAAUGAGUAGUAUCGAAACAUUUGCUUCAUAUGGCACUAUAUUUAUUGCUUUUGUUGAAGUAAUAACGGUAUCUUAUGUGUAUGGAUUCAAGAGAUUUUCCGUAAACAUAAGAGCAAUGAUUGGGGGACACGGACCUCCUAACGUCUUCUGGUGGCUUAACUGGCUUGUAAUCAGUCCUAUUCUACUCAUUGUAACUUUUGGAUGUAUCGUUGCAACAUUCGGCCAAAAAAAAGCAUUUAAUGAAAAUUCUAUUGUGUCUGAUCCAAUAGGAUAUUCUCUUCUCGUCAUGCCAUGCAUCUUUGUGAUUUUAUACUUUUUGAGAGAUGAGUAUGAUCGAAGAAAAAAUAUGGAACCUUUUGUGGUGAUGAUAAGAGCAACUGGUGACUGGGGACCAAUGAAUCCGGAAGACAGACGAAAUGCUGUGAAAUUUGAAAGACAGCUCAGAGUUAGAUAUUGAUAAUGAAUUAUUCUACUUUUAUAAAAAAAUAUUUUU